UCCACUUUUGCUUUUGGAUUUAACAAGCGAGUUUGUCCAGGAAACCUUGUGUUCACAGUGAGUAAGGACACAAGACAACAAUGGGUGAACUUAAAAUAGCAUUUUUCAUUUGCUUAAUCUCAGCAACAGCCUCUUCAAUACCAAUCAACUGUGAUGCAGCGCAGCUCCGUUCUCUCCUCCAACUCAGCCUGGAAUCACUGGAAUCUAAGGAGACCUCCUCAGAAGAAGUUGCCGCCGCCGCCACCACCACCACCACCGGCGCCCCACCUGUCCUGCCACCCGUCCUGCCACCCGUCCAGAGUACACAACAUGCCACUCAUCCAGUGAUCACCAACACAGCCACAGGACCUGUUGAAACAACCUUGGUGCCACAGGCCAAUGACCAAAACUUUGACCUCCAAGGAUCAAGCUUCACUACUCCUCCCUUCCCAGUGAACACACCAGCCCUGGAGUCCCCCACGACGCAGACCACCCGUGGAGCUGCACCUCAGCCGUACCCACUAGAGAGAAACAACAGCACAUUGCCUGGACCUGCUGGAGGUGAAUCACUGGAAUCUCUGGAGUCUUCCUCAGAAGAAGUUGCCACCAACCACGACGCCCCACUCCCACCUGUUGAGCCAGCACACAUGGCAGAGAGUACAGCCGACGCCACCCAUCUAGAGGUCACCAACACAACCACAGGACCUGUUGAAACAACCUGGGAGCCACAGACCAAUGACCAAAACUUUAAUUUCCAAGGAACAGGCUUCACCACUUCUCCUUUCCUAGUGAACACACCAGCCCUGGAGUCCCCCAUAGCGCAGACCACCAAUGGCGUUCCACCUCAGCCGUACCCACUAGAGAAAAACAACAGCACUUUGCCUGGACCUGCUAGAGGUGACAACGUUUGACAGUUUUAAUGUUUGGUAAUUGCUAUUAUGCCCACCAUAUUCAUGGGUGAG